AUGGAACCACCGAAAUACGAUGGAUUCAUCCAGAGAAUUGGGUUCAACAAGUUCGAUUAUUUUGUUCCGCAAUUGAAUACUAUUGAAGAAUUAAUUGAAGCCUUAAAACAAGAUAUAUUUUUUAAGGUUUACAAAAACGAUGCUAAAAGAAAAUUAUCUUCUAUGAGAUAUAUGUUUGAAAAAGAUGAUGGUUAUCAUAUUAAAUUUAUGAAAGAAUUUCUUUCACUUUGUUACGACGCAGAAUUAAUUAAUGAAAUUAGUGAAGUUAAGAAAUAUUUGAAUAAAAUUUUAAAAAAUAGUCUGUUAGAAGAAUUAUUUGCUGAUAAGUUUGAAAAUAUUAAAUCUUUGGAUAUCUUAGUGAAUAAAUUUGAAGAAAUUAUUCUUGAACAAAAUCAAAUGAUAAAAUAUGGAUCUUGUGUCGCUUUAAGACAUGUUGCUACGGGAAAAUACUUAACAAGUAUCGAUACAACUUAUCAAAAUAAUUAUAGUUUAGUAUUUGCAGGUAAAAAUUUACCAACGUCUGAUUCUUUAUGGAUUAUUGGAACUGAAAAUUCAGAUUAUGGUGAUAAUAUAAUAAAUUACCGAGACUCUCGUAUUCUUCUGUUACAUAAGAUAACAAAUAAAAAACUUGAUUAUAUAGAUGGCAGAUGUGUAACUAGUUUUGUAAACUAUCAUUGGAGGUUCCGAAAUUCCAAGUCUAAAGAAAAACGAUCAUUUGUAAAAUCGCAAGAUAUAAUUAAUAUUCAUAUUGAUCAUGGCAAAUCUGUUGUACGUAGUCAUGAAAUCACAUUUAAAGUUGGUAAUGAAACUUUUCAAGAAGUGGCUUAUCUUGAAGAAAGAAUCGGAGGAAACGAUGAGUGGUGUAUUGAACUUAUAAUAAAUUAA